GCCUCAAAUAGAACUAACUUUGAGCAAAUAUCUUCCGAUGAGAGUGAGGGUUCUGAAGCGGAAAACCAAGAAGAUGAUACAGAUGAAGAUGAUAGAGACGAACCAGUUUAUUUUAACUACUAUGAUCCAGAUGAGGACGAAUGUUAGGAAGUUUGUUUUAUGUUAUAUGCAUGUCGGAUAAAAGCCUAGCACGUAACCUUUUUCCGGUUCGUCCUUCGUCGGGUGGUAGGCCAUCGUCUUUGCCUGACCGUAGUGGCCUUCAACGCAUCCCUCUUACAGGUGGUUCUCUACCAGGAGCCAGGUCAUCACCUUUUCCUGAUCCUAAUGGCCUUCCACGCAUCCCUCUUACAGGUGGUUCAGUACCAGGAGCCAGGUCAUCACCUUUGCCUGAUCCUAGUGGCCUUCCACGCAUCCAUCUCACAGGUGGUUCUAUACCAGGAGCCAACUCAUCACCUUUGCCUGAUCCUAGUGGCCUUCCACGCGGUGGUUUUGUAUCGGGAGCCACGUCAUCGCCUAGCCCUAAUGGCCUUCCACGCAUCCCUUUGUCGGGUGGCCUUUCACGCACUUCAGUUAGGACAACAAGGUCAGGAUUCUCAGGGAGUAGUAGCAUGGGUGACAUAAAUACCAACAUGGGCUUGACUGAUGCUAUAGCAGAUACAGGGGUGGUACAGAAUGUUAGGAAUGGUAUUGCAUAUGGUUAUGAGAUGACAGGCAACAAUGAAGACCCUGCUAGUGAUUUUUUAUAUAAUGGGUCUGAGCAUGAAAAUGAGCCUGAGCAUGGGCAUGAGUCUAUGCAUGAGCCUGAAUCACCAAUGGUUCAGACGCCCCAUUAUUCGGGUACACAUGGUGGAUCAAAUGAUGUAGAUUCAAAUGGCUCUCAUAGGCCAUUUAUCACACGAAAGGGGUACAAGUUUGGGAGACAAAGUAUUCAUCGAGCGAUCGUAAAGAUAUUUUGGCAGUCUAUAAAUGAACCUUGGAUUACUUAUAAAAAAAUUCCGAAGGAAGUUGUCACUCAAAUGUUUGAGCGUUUUAGGACUCAAUACCGGUGGGAUCCAAAUGAAGAAGGGUUAAUUCGUGAAGGUUUUGAAAAUACACUGAAAGAUCGCUACAGGGGUAGAAUGAGGGAUGUUAGGCAAGCAUCGGUAAAUUCUGCAAGAAAAGUUGGCCACGUUAUCGCAGAGAUUAAUGAUAACUUUGAGAUUCUUGCAAAUUACAAUCCUCCUGAAAUACAUAUAGAUGUUUGGCGACGUUUGUGCAGGGCAAGGAAUCUAAUACAUUAUUGCUUAUUUUGUUCCAGACAUACGGGUGGUAGCAUUGGAUUUGAGGAGCAUCGUCUUAAAUUGAAACAGUUGACAGGUGAAGACCCUUCAUUCAUUGAUCUUUAUUAUAAGACACAUCUUACCGCCGAAUCAAAGAAAAUAUAUUUUGGGGGCGAUAAAGAGGCACAAGUGGAUUUUGUGAAUGAGAGAUCUAGAGUGGCGAUCGAAUCAUAUAACACAGCCCUAUCUCAAAAAUAUGGUGAUGAUACGACUCAACAUAAUGUGAAUGAUCCUAAAUUGUGGACCCAAACACAAUUGCUUAGGAAAGGCGGGAAACAAAAAGGUCCUAUCUAUGGGGCAGGAUACUCGGAUCUUCACUUUCUGAUGACGGGUGCAUAUUCUUAUGAGUCAACUUCAGCUUCUGCUGACUUUGCAAAGUCACAACAGGAGGUAAAUGAGUUGCGACAAAAAAUGUCAAACAUGGAACAAGCCAUGGAAGAAAAGCAAAGUGAAAUGAAUUUGCAAAUGCAACAAAUGCAAAAUGAAAUGGAAUUGCAAGUGCAACGACAAUUGGCGGCCUUUAUGAAACAAAUUAAUCCUUCCGAUAAUCCACCAAGUAGUUCUUAG